AUUGUAUCAUUCUGCCUUGCGUAGAGCAUCUGGGUGAUUCGCUGUGUUCGUGUAAAUAUGCACAGUGCCGCAUCCUCACAUCACUACAUCACCUCACUCGGUAAUUGUUUUAAGGCUUCCCUUAUAACAUACCUAUAUCAGACUUCCCAACAUUCGAGCUGCGAGGCUUAAGCUUUGGAAUCUGCGGGAUCCGUUCAAUCUCAUGACUUAUUUCGAGUCGAAACAUUCAAAUCAUUCAAUACACCAAAAUACACCAGUAAUUGUCAUGAACUCACGUUCAAAAGAAAAUCCACAGCUUUUUGAAUGUUAAUACCUUUCAACCUUGACUUGUAUUGAUUAUUGGCAGAACAAAAAUCCUGUCCGAUUGAUUACUCAUCCCUACAGACUGCUCAUUAUGGCAUUUAAGAAGAUAUCCUCUGUUCUCUCCUAUGCUCAACACAUCCUGCUAGGAGUCAUCUGUUCCCGAUUACCUGCCUUAUUAUCUGCACGGGUGGCUUCCAGCCAUGUGAUAACCAUCAAAUUCGGGAAGCACGAAGAAAAGAAACGGCCAAAGCUUGUAAAAAGAAAAUCAGAGAUAAACCCAGGCCCUUGGAAGGGAGGAGAAAAGAGAAUUGUCUCUUGAACCCACCGAACGAAGGAGGAAUUUGACGAAUGUAUUUCCGACUUGGAAGAGAGAUAGAAAAACACCGGCACCCCUCCUUCAACUACCAGCCGAGAUUUUGGAGAAGAUUCUACUGGAAGUUCUAGGCGGGAACACAUUUCAUCUGAUCCAAUGUCGUCGAAGACUAGGGCACAUUCGCUGCAAGGAGCCUCAUGGUAUCGACCUUGCAGCCAAUUCUCAAUACGUUGUUGCGCGCUCCUGCAUUCCUAGUGUCCAAAAACGAUACUACAUGGCAUGUAUACAACCAAGGAAUUUCCAUUUUGUAUUCCUGCAACACGUUUGAUAUCAAUAAUCCCGAGACGGUACUUUAUCUUUCACAGACUGUUAUCCCCUCAAGAUUCAAAUCAAUAAAAUCUCUACAAUUAGAUGUUAAUGCAUCGAUGGGCUCAAGUACCGAGUGUUCGACCCUACCUGGCCCAAGACUAGAGUUUUUAAAUUGGAAAAAGUGUUUAGAGAUAUUGGAAUGGUUGGAAGGAUUACAGAACUUGAGGUUGAGGAUGUACUUCGAUCUACUGCGACGUUUCCCUGAUUCUCCUUACAGCGAUGAGCUGGUUCAGAAGCCCUUGGAAAAUUCUCUGGAGGGCACCAAGCUUAGUUCUCUGAGAGGACAGGACUGA